GCUUUGCAGAAUGGACAAGUAUCUCAUAAAGCGACCGCGAUUGUCUGCUGAAUUGCCCAGAAAUCCUCCCGGCCUCUGCGAUGCAGCCGAUGACCAUCCAACCCGCCAUGGCGGAACCUCUGCGCCCUCCAUGGACAUUUUGGGUGCCAUAAGCGCUGCUACUGCUGACACACCCAGGUCUGCGAGUUCGUCGGCUCCGAAUGAAGGAAAGGUCCUGGGAUCAGCUUCAAAGAAUGGGGGUGACACAACUGGAAAACCAAGCACUCAUGGGCGUCUUGAACAGAUUCGGCCGGGGCCCACUAACGGCAACGGUGGACGAGGGUUUCGGAAGAGUUGGCAAUCAACCUACAGCUGGCUUUCCUACAAUACACAAACCAGUAAGGUGUAUUGUGACAUCUGCGUACGUGCUACUGACAAAAGGUUCCACUCCCGCGUACAUCCCGAGACAAAGACUCGCUGAUCGCUUUUGUCGAAACUGGCUUCCAGAACUGGAAAAAAGAUUUGCAAGGUUUAAAAGCCACGAAAAUUCGGCAUUGCAUCGCGCAGCUUCCACAGCUCUGACAGCUUUCAACGUGGGGCUGAAUGUGGCAUCUGCUCUCUCAGAGUCUAAGCAAAGCCAAAUGAAGGAAAGCCGUAAAGCUCUGAUGGCUAUAUUGUCAUCCAUUCGCUUUUUGGCUUUCCAAGGUCUGGCGCUGCGAGGGCACGAUGAUGACGAGGGGAACUUGAAGCAACUGUUACUGCUGCGCGAAGCCGAUGUGCCGGGACUAGCAGCAUGGCUAAAUAGAACAGGCUAUAAAUGGAUCUCCGGUGACAUCCAGAACGAGAUGUUCGAGUUAAUAACACAGAGCAUGCUUCGCUCCCUAAUGAAAGAAGUGCACGGGGCAGGGUUUUAUGCGGUUAUUGCUGAUGAAACUUCUGACAUAACUACGCAAGAGCAAGUAUCCUUCUGCUUUCGGUAUGCUAAGGAAAACUUGGAAGUGGAGGAGGUAUUCGUUGGAUUUUAUGCAACUGCGGACACCAGAGCCCGUACUCUUUUUCGUUCAAAGAAGAAACGAAAGGGGGAGAAAGCCAGCUCGAAAAGGCGCCACACUAGUGGCAGCUCCGCCGAGGAGGAGGCAGAGGAAUUGAGCCUCCUUCAAAAAGAGAGAGAGAGGUCAGAAGAGCUGACCAGGAGAAACGAAAAGCUCCAAGAAAGAGUAGGGGCCUUGGAGAGCAGGAACGAAAAACUUCAGGACGUGCUGCUCAACAAGCUUGAAAUAUGGUUCAGCCGUCCAUGUUGCCACCGGCGGCUGUCACUGCGCAUCGUGCCAAAACAAAGGGGACCACCUGUAGCAGUGACAGCAGCAUUCACCAUAAG